UGGGGGUUUAUUUACCGCUACACUAUUGUAGUUAUUCGACCAGGCUUAUGGGAGGAUGUUGAAAAUUUGGCACCUAUCUACAAUAUCUGGACAUAAGGGAGAAAAAAUCAACUGGUCCAAAUCGGCUCUUUACGAAUAUAUUGAAUAUUGUGGUGUUUCCGAAGUGUAACAUUACAAAUUUAUUCGUUACCUGUUUGGUAUGGCACUUCGACUUGCUUCACGUAGACUGAGUCCAAUAAUCUCCUCAAUACGUCAUAGGAAAAUCGGGUCAGCCACUAAAUAUGUCCCUUUGUUUGAAACGGUUCAUAUGCCGGAGACUAAGGUGACUACUUUGGGAAGUAACGGUUUUCGGAUAGCUUCUGAGAACUGGAAUACUCCUACAUGCACGGUUGGCGUUUGGGUGGACGUCGGUAGUCGAUAUGAGACAGAAUCUAAUAAUGGUGUGGCUCAUUUCCUUGAGCACAUGGCUUUCAAGGGGACUGAAAAGAGGAGUCAACAGUCUUUAGAACUUGAAGUGGAAAACAAAGGUGCGCAUUUGAAUGCAUACACAUCUCGUGAGAUGACGGUGUAUUAUGCGAAGUGUUUUGUUGAGGAUCUACCUUGGGCGGUUGAAUUAUUAUCAGAUAUAUUAAAGAACAGCAAGUUUGAGAAUAGUCAGGUUGAACGCGAAAGAGGGGUCAUUUUACGGGAAAUGGAGGAAAUUGAGAGUAAUUACCAGGAGGUCGUCUUUGAUUACCUGCAUGCAACUGCUUAUCAAGGGACACCUCUUGGGAGAACGAUUCUUGGACCUGUAGAAAAUGUCAAAUCUUUGAAAGCCAGUGAUAUGAAGAAUUUUAUCAAACAGAACUAUAAAGCACCACGAAUGGUGCUCAGCGCUGCAGGAGGAGUCGACCAUAAGCAACUAUGCGACCUCGCGGAGAAACAUUUUGGCGAUCUCCAGGCAUCUUAUCAGGAAGGCGAAGGGGUACCAAGCAUACAACGCUGUCGUUUUACAGGCUCUGAAAUUCGUGACAGAGACGAUGCUAUGCCAGUAGCUCAUGCUGCGAUAGCGUUCGAGGGUCCCGGUUGGCAGAGUUCAGACACAUUAGCACUGAUGGUUGCAAGCAGUCUGCAUGGUGCUUGGGAUAGAAGUUAUGGGGGAGGAUUUAAUGUUGCCAGCAAGCUGGCCUCCAAGUUUUUUAUGGAAAAUUCGGUACACAGUUUCCAGCAUUUCUUUACUUGCUACCAUGAUACUUCUUUAUGGGGAGUUUACUUAACAGCAGAAAAGAUGGGUUUGGGUGAAUCUGUUGGAGAAUUCCUUAAAGAAUUUGUCCGUAUGUGUACUCAGGUUACUCAGCAUGAAAUCGACAGAGCGAAGAACCAAUUGAAAACACAUCUCCUUUUGCAGUUAGAUGGCACCACACCUAUUUGUGAAGAAAUUGGUCGGCACAUGUUGGUGUAUGGUCGUCGUAUACCUAUAACUGAAUUGCUAGCCAGAAUUGACGCGCUCAAUGCUGAACAUGUUAGGGAAACAUGCAUGAAGUACUUCUUUGAUAAAUGCCCUGCUGUCGCGUCCAUCGGUCCAGUGGAAACCAUGCUUGAUUACAAUCGUAUUCGGGAUAAAACUUGGUGGCUUCUUCUAUAAAGAAAUUGUUUAUGUUUAAAAUAUCAAGUUUUAUUGAUGUCACUGCUUACAGCCUAAUACUUACAUAGUUCUGUGAUUUCUAUUGUACGGUAUUAUCUUGUGUCUAUGUAGCAAUAUUCGUUUUUUCCUAGAGUGGAUUGUUUCGAGGCAUAGUUAUACUGAUAUAUUUAAACUGUGUUUUGUGUGUAUAUCUGUCCCCAAAAAUCAGUCGUACUAUGAUACCACGAAACGACUAAUAAACGUUGGAAAUUUUAA